AUGACAACAUUGACCGACGGCGGUGCAGGACACCUGCGGCGAGUCUUCCAGGAAUGGUCCCACUUAGCACGAUACAAGCAGCAGCAGGAGAUGAAGCGUCGUCACGCAGUUCGAUUCCACUACUUCCACCUACUGCAGAAGGGAUUUCGGGCCUUUACGCAGCUCGUCCAUGAACGGAAUUCUCGACUGCAACUUCUUCAUCGAAUGAUGUCAAGGAAGAUCCAAGCUCGGAGUUUCUACCGAUGGAGUGAGCAUGUGCGUCAGCGUCAACGACAAGCUAUUCAGUUUCGUCUGUACUGGACCAAGCAUGUAUUUCGCUCGUGGCAGGAGUCCCAUCGUCGCGCGGUGCGAGACGCCCGUCUUGUCCGCACUGCCGAUCACAUCCAUCACAUUUCGCUAUUGCGUCGGUCGUUUGCGGGAUGGCGGGAGUUUUGUUCGAUUCGCCAUCGACGUCGUGUGCAAGUCGAAUCCUCUUUCGAACUCCAUCAAGCGCAAUCCAAGCACGUUCAAAUCUCGGAAACGUUCCAAAGAUGGAGAGAAUACGCACGAAGCGGCGCUGCCCACCGCGUGAUCCUGUACAUCGUCCCCUUCCAAAAGAGAAUAUUCGUCAUGGAUCACUGUAGCCAUCGUGUCCGUGUCCACGCGCAAGUGUCCUUGACCAAGCGAGUGCUGGAUGCGUGGGUGCAGUUCAUUGGGAUGCGACGAUGGGACGAAAUCCUCUACUUUCGUGCGGCAAAGCACCGCGCGCUCGUCGUGCAGAAGCAGAACCUGUCCACCUGGCGUCAAAACGCCCUGCUAUCGAAAGCAACGCGGCUUCAAACCAUUGCCGCAUUAACGCACUGGAAGCUGACCAUGCAGCGACGGGCGUUCCACGGGUGGAUCCUACGGAUGCGAACGCGGCAAGCCAAACGACAUCAUCUCCACGAGGCAUUGGAGUGGAGGCACGCGAAUUUCCUGCGACAGGGGCUAGUCCAUUGGGCUCAAGCGGCGUUCGUCCUCCAUGACCAGCGCCUUCUGCGUGUACAGACGCAGGCGGUGGCGGCUGCGGCGCGCCUCUGGAGACGGAUCGCACGGAUUGUGGCACACUGGAGAUAUGUGGCCUCGCGGGGACGCAUCACAGGACGCGUUGAAAGCAGGAAGGAAUGGUGGCCGACAACGGCGAGUCGGCAUGCCGCCAUCGAGCAAGAAAUUCAACCGCUGGGGAUGGCGAGCGCUGCAGUAACGCACCAUCGAAUGCCUCCACGAAAGCCCCUGGAGUUGCUGUAUGAUGCGGAUGUGGACGCGUCGUCGACGGCCGCGUUCCCGGCGAGGGGACUCACGGAGAGGACGAAGGAAUCAAAAAGCAUCAUGCAUGUCGGUCUGGGCAAGUACGGGAUGUCGGUGCCGACAUCCCCAAGACGAUCGCAUGUACAGCAUGUAGUCCCAUCGGACGACGAAAUGGAAAACGUUGUGCGUGAGAUGGAGAGUCGAAUGCGGUAUUGGCAAGACAAGCGUCGUGAGUGGAAAGCGCACAAAACACAAUUGGAUGCGUUGCGAAAUCAUAUCACUGGUGGCGGUGCUACGCAUUCCUCGUUGGAUCUUUUGCGGCGGACGCUCGACGUCAUGGAGGCCACGCACCGCGACCACGUGGCAGCACAUGUGUCGUCCAAGGCAGAAAUCGCGGCGUUUGCACAUCACAUUGACGAAUUGCGUCGUCGCCGUAGGGAUGUCUUUCCAAACUAGAAUACCAGGAGACACGUCCAUGUCAUAAGACCUUCCUUCAUGCACACAUCUGUGUCGGUCCGUCAACGGCGACGUUUUCUAGAAAACCAAGAAAAUAAGGAUUCCGUCG